CCCCUCGUCCGUGGUGUUAGCGCCGCGAGACGCGACGCCUGCGCAGGACGGCGCGUUGGGUUAGCCCAGAGUGUGUGCGCUGUACCUGCGGUCGCCUUCGUUCCCCAGUGGCCGGCGGAAGCCCGGACGCUGGGAGUCGAGGUUGCUCCGGUUGCACACCAGGCCAGUGGCUGAUCCUGAGCCUCCAUGUACCACAGGGGCCCCCCGGGAAGAAUGGCCACCAUGGGCAGUCUGCUUGGGUAAGCAGGGACUUCCAGGCCCCUAGGGACUGCUGUCAUGGGGCCGCCUAGCCAGCGUGUUUAUCUGAAGAGUAUGUACAAGUACAUACAGAUGAUAUGCCUACUGCGGCAGCACGUGCUGAUGGGGGCUGCCCCUGCGUGUCGCCACCUGCACCUGUCCUCCCAGAUCGCUGACAGCAACAGGGCCUCACUCACACGCGUGCGCCGGCAAGCCUAUGCGCGCCUCUACCCUGUGCUCCUGAUCAAGCAGGAUGGCUCCACCAUCCACAUCCGCUAUCGGGAGCCACGGCGAAUGCUUGAGAUGCCCGUGGAUCUGGACGCCCUGUCCCCAGAGGAGAGGAGGGCCCGAUUCCGGAAACGCAUGGCCCAGCUCACAGAGCAAAAGCAGCAGGAGCCAGAGCUGGGCGACGACUUUGAUGUGGAGCGGUACAAGCAGUUUUGGACCAAAAAGUGACUGUGCCUGGAAGCUGGCCGGGUUGGGGACACCGUGGGUGGGGAGGGUGAGCCUUUAAACAUAGUGUGUUCACAAAGCC